AUGGAUGUAAUUGAGAUUCCCACUGGUGCAACUGGUGAGCAAGAAUUUGAGAAAGACGGGGAAAAACAUAAGAGAAUUACUAUUCAACUUGACCAAGAUGGGGAUAGGGUUGAAUGUGCCUUUUUUGGCAAGUAUGUUGCGGAAAUCGUAGGUUACCUUGCAUCGGGAGAUGCAACAAAUACUGUUGUGGUGGUGCAAUGUAAGACAAGUCUCCAAAAUGUUUAUGAGGCUACAAAGGUUAUUUUUAAUCCUCUCAUACAAGAAGCUGCCCCUCUCCGAGCUCGGUUCUUGGAAUCAAAUGAUACUGCUGCACAAGUGAUUAGCCCGCUGUAG